CUACGGUAUUUGAAAUCAACAGGACAGCGCGAGCAGAGCAGAGCCGUGAAGCAGUCGUCUUUUCGAAGAGGCGACAGCUCUGCCCGUGCAAGCGAGAGUGCAAUCCUCCAAUCCUGUGCCGGCAUGACCUCCAGUGCCUGGUAUGGCCUGCUGGAUCACCGCUAUGCUCAAUACCGCAAGCUGAGGGCUGCCAAGGUUGGCGGAAUGGGGACCGCAAGCAGGUAUGCUGUUGUAGCCUGUGCGUGCGCACUCAUUUGUCUGCUGGUAUGGACAGCAUAUGCAGGGCGCGAGCGUCUGGAAAUGACAGGGCCACAGGUGCAACUGGGGGGCAACCCGCUCCGAGCAGGGUCUAGGAAAUUGGUGGGCGAACAGAGUCCGGAGGGUGCGAGGAGCGAGGGUGAGGUAGGCAAGGAGGAGAAGCGGGCCAAGAAGGCUUCGAACCAGAAGAUGCUGGGGGAGCAGCAGGUGCCGCGGCUUGUGCAGGAAGAGGUGCAGGAAUUGUCCAUGGCGGAGCGGCAGACACAUAAAGAGGCUUUUGAAUGUGACAGGCACUCCCCUCUGACCGAUGUCUGCACACUGCAGGGCGACGUAAGAAUCAAUGUGGAGACGGGAGAGAUUGUGCUGUUUGCAAGAGAUCCCGCCAUACUCCGCGGGCCGCUCUCGGUCCGCCCUCAUCCUCGCAAGUGGGACUACAAUGCAAUGAGAGAUGUGACAGAGCUGAGGAUCCGCGCCAUGGAUGCUGCGGCAAGCCAGGAAUUCCCUCACUGGGAGUGCACUUCCCAUCACCGCGCGCCUGCUGCCGUGUUCUCUGCUGGCGGCUACUGCGGGGGUGCAUUUCAUGACUUCAACGAGGUCUUCCUGCCCCUGUUCCAGACGGUCCGCCAGCUUGCGCGCGACGUGGUGCUCUUUGUGGCCGACCUCAAGGGGCCAUGGUGGUGGCGGGGGGCGCCCGCGGCGGACACGCUGGUGGGGGCCAUGACCAAGCACCGCAUCCGCCUCCUCGGGCAGCGCAAUGACACGCAGGGCGAGGCGCAGGGCGUGCAGUGCUUUGAGCGCGUCACGAUCGGGCUGCGACACCACCUGUGCAUGUACGACGAGUUCGGCGGCCUGGAGACCCGCAGCGAGAGCCUGGCGGGGGCGCGCCUCAGUGACUUUGGCCCCUUUGUUGCCGCGGGGCUGCGCGCGGAGGUGCCCUCCCCUGCGCGGGUGCAGGUCGCGGAGGGCAGCACCCCCGUGGUGGGCAUUGUGCAGCGGCGCGGCACCCGCGUGCUGGCCAACUUUGAGGCGAUGCUCGCGUCUGCGGAGGCGGCUGGGUACCGUGCGGUGGCCCUGGUCCUGGAGGAGCUGCGGCCGCAGGAGGCGGUGCGCGCGCUGCGACAGCUGGACGUGCUGGUGGCGGUGCACGGGGCGGGGCUGGCCAACCUGGCCCUCCUGCGGCCGGGGGCGGUGGUGAUGCAGAUUCUGCCGUACGGGGAAUGGGGCAAGGGGCGGCUGGUGGGGCGCGAGUACCGCAACCUGGCAGACCUGCAGGGGGCCAAGUACCUGGAGUGGCACGUCCCGCUGCAGGACACUUCGCUCGUGGAUGCGUACCCGCUCACCGACCCCGUCCUCAUGGACCCCGACAGCGUGUGGCGCGAGCAGCACACUGUUGCGGCGAUGCGCAUCUACCACCAGCAGAACGUGAGCAUGCCGGAGGACAUGUUUGGGGCGUACCUGCGCCACAUCAAAAAAGAUCUCGUGUUUAAAGAGAAGCUGCGCGCCGAGUCUGCGGACAUGACCAUGUAGUCAUGCAGAUGGGCCGCGGACCGCAAAACGCUCAUGCGAAUGCGACACAGCACAGUUGCACAGGGCUGGUCAACCAACGCUUGUGUCCCUGUUAAGGCACUGAGGUAACACUGUUAAGAGCACGGUCACCUCGACGCAGGUCAAGAGCAUCGAUCAGUUGGACUUAUGUGCUCAUGAAGGAGCUCCGAACGUGUUGGAAUGGCAUGCGGGCAGCUGCAUUUUCUCGUUUCAACCGAUACGGGCAUGGAUUCCGCGGAGCUGUCGUCUUGAUGUGAUGUAUGUAGGACUCAGAGAUCGAGGACAUUUUAAUGAGGGCAACAUACAUCUCAUUGAGCUUCGAUUUUUGCAAGCGGGCAUGCCGCCAUGGCUUUGGUCUUGCCACAUUCAUG